AAUUCCGGCCGGUUUGUUUGGAAAUAUAAAUAAUUAAAUAUUAACUAGAAUUCACCAUAAAUAGCAAUAAUAGCGAGUGCAAACAUACGCGAACAUGUCACACUUUAGCAGCACACGGGUGAGCUCCUUCAACGAAUGUUUUCUGAACGAGAAUGAGCAGGAUCCCAAUUCUGUGCUCCUGGAACUGGACAAGGGACUGCGGAGCGCCAAGCAGGGCAUCCAAUGCGAGUCCAUUGUACGCUUUCCGCGUCUCUUUGAGAAGUAUCCGUUUCCCAUACUGAUCAACUCGUCGUUCAUCAAGCUGGCCGAGUUCUUUGUGAGUGGCUCGAAUCUGUUGCGCUUCUGGGUGCUGCGCGUUUGCCAGCAGAGCGAGAAUCACCUGGACAAGAUCCUCAACAUUGACAACUUUGUGCGCCGCAUCUUUAUGGUGAUGCACUCGAACGAUCCGGUGGCACGUGCUCUGCUCCUGCGCACCCUGGGCGCGGUGUCCCGCGUGAUACCCGAGAAGCAGCAGGUCCACCAUGCCAUACGUCGCGCCCUCGACAGCCACGACACCGUCGAGGUGGAGGCUGCCAUCUAUGCUAGUAGCUGCUUUGCCGCCCAGUCCAGCUCCUUUGCCAUCAGCAUGUGCGCCAAGAUCUCGGACAUGAUCGAAUCGCUGCAGGUGCCGGUGCCCAUGAAGCUGCUGCUCAUCCCCGUGCUGCGGCACAUGCAUCACGACGCCAACACCGCCGCUCUGGUCAACAAACUCUGCAUGGAUCUGCUGCCCAAGUAUCCGGCGCAGAGUUUUGUCGUGGCCAUCAUCGACACGCUCACCCAACUCUCCGCCCGCACGCUGGUCGGUGUGCCCGGCCAGCUCGAGGUGCUGCUGGACUUCAUGCAGGACCUGCGCACGCCCGUGCGCAUCCAGGUGCUGCGCUCCUUCAACGAACUGGCCGGCAAGAAGAGUGUUCACGCCUGGCCCAAGCCUGCGCUGGCUGCGCUCAUUGGCAAAUUCGAUGCCUGCAUCAGUUCGCACGAGCAAUUUCUCUUCCUCUCGAUCCUCGCCAAGCUGAGCGAGUGUCCGCUCACCUGCCAGCAGCUGCUGCGCGAGCAUCGUGUCCAACUGCUUCGUCUCUGCAUUCAGAGCAUGAGCAAGCUGGAUGACUACACGACGGCCACUCAGGCCAUGGCUGUGCUCUCGGUGCUGGCUGCCUUUGGCACGCAGCAGGAGAGCCAAGUGGACGACAUCCUGCACACUGUGAGUCUGCACAUCGAGGGGCUGCUGCUGUGCACGGCCCGGAGAGCCGACUGUCUGCGCCAUCUGCGUCGUGUGCUAUCCUAUGGCAUUAGGAUAAGCCAGGCCAAUGCGGAGUUUGGCGCGACUUUCAUUGAGAUUGUCAGCAAUACGCUGGGCGAUAAUGUUGUCUAUCCGCAGGCCAAUGCGGAGCUGAUAUGCGAGGCGCUGGUGCGUCUCUGCGAGCACUUUCAGCUGCGUAAGUAUGCCUUUAGCACAUCCGAGGGACUGGAGGAGGGUGACGACAAUGCCAUGGACACAGACGAGCAGCCACAAGCAAAGGUCAAUCCCAUGCUCGCGCGCAUGCCCAUCAUUCUGCACAAGCUGAACAAGCUCAUAGAUGCGGUGGAUGCGGAGAAACACUUGCGCACAAUUGAGAUACUCAGCGUGCUCGUAUUUCAGACCACAAUGGGCUGCUAUCUGCCGCUGAAAGUGGUGCAGUGCUUCGAGAAGUGCCUGGACAAGCUCAACUGUUGGACACUGUACAAGAUUGCGAGGAGCGCCAGUCGCUAUGGGCAUCAUUAUGUGGCUGCGCACAUUUACACGAGCAUUUCGGAGAUUGUGAUCAACGAUCAGAUGCACUACUUUCUGGUGACACUCUCGCAGAUCUCGCAGGCAGAGUGCAUCCUCAACUAUGGCCUGGACUAUGCGCACAUGAGGGAUAACUAUGCACCGACAGCGGCGCCCGAGCCACUGAUUCCGCUAAUGAAGCGACUGGAGGCUGCCUGCAAUCUGUAUCAGAUGGCACGCGUCAGCCUGCGUGCCUGCUCCUCGAUUCAGUAUGCCAUUUCCUUUCCGCAGGAGUACCUCAAGAUCAGAGCGCAGUUCCUGCAGACGCUGCACCUCGCGGUGACCGUGAAGAACGCGCAGGUGAUUGUCCCACCGCCUGCCAUUGCUGGCAGCUUGGCCCAGAACUCGCGGGACUACUUGCAAAAGUUUGGACACGUCACCAAUCAGCUGCGGAAGCUGGUCAAGUCGCUGAAGGCGUGCGAGGAGACGCAUGCGCGACUCUACAAGUCCUCCUUUGAUGCGGACAACGUGACGCUGGAGUUCCUGGAGGUGGCCGAGUUCCAGUGCGCGCUCUUUGCGCACAUCAUCGAAUCGAUUUGCUAUGCCACGCCGCCAGAGCCACCGGUCUUUCUGACCACCGGCGAGCACCCGGAGACGCGCUUCUUUGCCGCCAGCUGCCGGCGCAUGGAGCUGAUGCACAAGAACCUGCCCGAGGAGCUGCCCAGCGCGAAGACCAUCAGCAAUCGGCAUUUGGAUGUGAUUGUGGCACAAAUCGAGAUAAUCACCAAGACGCCGCUCUGCCUGCCGCGCUACUUCUUCCAGAUUCUGCAGUCCACGCAGAUCAAGCUGUCGGUCAGCCCACAGCCACGCAGCGCCACCGAACCCGUCAACGUUCAGUCGGGCAGCAAUUUGGUCAUCAAAGUGGAGGGCGUCCUGCAGCAGGCUGGCUCCAAGCAGGUCAAGCACUUCCGCCGUGUCGAGUCCGUGCAGCUGAGUCUUACCUCCCAGCUGGUGACGCCACCACCGCGGUCCGGCAACGAGCUGCAGAAACCCGGCACCAGCGACACCGUCACCCUCAAUCAGAUCGUCAAGCCGCAGCGCGACUUCCUCUCCGGCAGCUUCCUGCUGCCCAUAUCGAGCGGUGGCCACUUCCAGGUGACGCUGGAAACGUUCGUGGUCGAUGAGCAUGGCACUAUUUGGUGCACUGGCCCCAAGUCCUCCAUGAUGGUGCGUGUCCUCGAGGAUCCCUCAAAGCCGACGGCGCCAACGCCCAGCUCUUCCCAGGCGGUGGGUCAAGCGAGAAGGUUUUAGAUAGCUACAACAAUGAAUUAAUUAAUUAAAAAGCUUGUUGCUUGCAAAGCCCUUUCAGAUUUAAAAUAA